AUGCCACCGAAGAGACGUCCUCCACCCAAGCUUUACGGGCCUCUGGGGGAUAACGGAGAGUUGCAGUUCCCGCCUCCCAAGUCUUGGCAGGAGAGGGAGAGAGAGAGGUUAGAGAGCGAGAGAAAUUCUGUCGUCUCUCAUUUUCGCUUCGCAGGUUUGGUCUACAUAGAAGAUUUAGUAUCCGGCGCAUAUGAUAGAAAGGAAAAAGCUGAAGCAGAAGCGAAACGGAAGAGGAUAGAGAAAAGAAGAAAAGAGAAGGAAGCUGCUGAGAUUGCAGCAAAAGAAGCUCUCAAAAAGUAA